AUGACGCGCCCCGCAGCUGCAGCCCCCCCCCCUGCUGAGGUCUGCAAUCCAGAAGGAGGAGCUGCUUCAUGGAAACAACCCAGUGCGUUCUUAAGAAUUGAAAACAGCCUUUUGAAAAUCAGGACCGUUUUCUACCAAAACAUCGUAUCGCCCGUGUGCGACGCCAUCUGCAAAGUGCUGCCACCCUGUAUACACCCCGACGUUUUAUCUUUUACGGGGCUGUGCUGUGCCUCGGCUGCCGCCUUCUGCUGCUGCGCAGCGAAUGCUAGCGGCAGCAGCGAGCAGCUCGCUCUCGCUGCGCUCUUCUGGAUUCUCUAUGGAAUUUUUGACAAUAUAGACGGCAAGCAGGCACGUCGCUUGGGUGCCUGUAGCGCUGGAGGCGACUUUUUUGACCAUUCAAGUGACUCUGUCUCGUCCUCGUUUGCUGCGCUGAUCAUCCUGCACAUGCUGUGCGGUCCCGCUGCUGCUGCUAGCGCAGCUGGAACGUCUACAGCUGCUGCUGGCAAGGCAGCAGCAGCAGCCUCUGGACCGCAGGUUUGCUUCCAGUCCGCAACGGACUUGCGAAUUCGCCCCCUCAUUUUCAGCAUCUCCUUUACGCUGCUUUCCCAAAUCCCCUUCUUCAUCGCUACUUGGGCACAUCCCAUUGUGGGACGAACAAUGCUCUCCGCGUCCGUCGACGGCCCUGGCAGCUUCUCUGUCGAUGAGUUGAAUUUGUUGGUUAUUCCGGGCUUGCUGCUUUUGCGCGCACUUUUUCCUUGGGUCUUCGCUGUAUCUUUGGCGGACGCCGUGUCGCUGCUGCCGGCGAUUGGACCUUUUCUUUCGAGCGCAGCUCGAAGCUUUAUGGGUGGAUUUGCCAGCACGAUUCUCCUGGAGGAGGAGGAGCAGCAUCAGCCGUCACAGGAGCAACGGCAGUUAACACUGGGGCUCUGUGUGCUUACCGUCUCUGUAGCCUUUUCCCUGCUUCAGUCUUCACGCCUCAUUCGGCGGCUCCUGUCGAGAGAGCACAUCCCCCGCUUCCUUCCAGGGGUUUGCUUCUUCGCCGCGACCUUCUGGUUUGCCCCUCCCCUCGGCCUUCAAAUCAUUUGCUUCUCGCUUCUUUGCCUUGAGCUCAUCGCCGCGAGACUCAAGCUUCACGUCCGCUCACUCUUGGUAAGUGAACGUCUUUCUGGGUUCUAG